AUGGCGGCUGGCUGGUCUGCCGAACCUACUGCAGCUCUUCUUGCUAUAUGGGGAGAUGAAAAUGUGCAGAAACAGCUAGAUGGGGUAGCAAGAAAUCGUUCAAUAUAUGAAAAAAUUUCAUCAAAACUUAAAGAAAAAAGCUUUAAUUAUAAUUGGAAACAGUGCCGGACUAAAGUCAAGAACUUGACCCAAAGAUAUAGAAAAAUUAAAGAUGGUCAUACUGUGUCUGGUACUGAUCGCAAAAGCUGUCCAUAUUAUGAACAGAUAGACAAAAUACUAGGAUGUGAGCCAUAUGAUGAGGAAGCCGAAAAUGAUGACCCUGAAUUGUCUGCAGCCACUGGAGAAUCUAGUUGUGAGCCACUGUCUGAGACCACAGCAGUACUAGAAGAGACUAGUGCAUCAAGCUCUGGAAUGAAUUCUCAUCCAGCGAUUACACGAAAGAGAAGAAAUGAUAGUGGCAAAAUUGAUAAAUUUAUGAAAUUAGAAGAAAAAAGAUUAGAAUUAGAAGAAAGACGUGAGCAACAAAUAUUCGCUAUGUUUAGCGACAUCAUAAGAUUAAUGCAACGAAAUAGUUAUAACUUCCCACCAUAUGACCCUAACAUGGAUUAUAACUUACAAUAA